AUGAUCAAAGCAUUUGUUGUUCUCGCUGCCGCUGCUGCCACGCUUGUUGCCGCCUCGGACCGCGUGUCGGUGAAGGGCUACACCUCCGACCCGAAGGGCGACCUUGACUGCAAGUUUGGCAGUGGCGAAAUCAUGAAGAAGUGCGGCGCUUGUGCCAAGAGCAUCACGGAGUGCGCUGUUGCUGGCCCUGUCCAAAAGAAGCAGAUUUGCGUUGAAGACAUCUCGUCGUUCGCCGAGGACUGUGGUAGCUGUGCUGUUGACAUUCUCGAAUGUCUUUAA